GCCUCCGCGACGCGGGCUGCUCAGCGGCGGGCCUGCCUUGAGGAGUGUCCCUCGUUCGCUCGCCUCCUUCCGCGCACCUGCUGCCGCCGCCGCCGGCAACCGCCGCCUCUUACUUCCCCGCUUCCGGCCUGCCAGAUACGGCCCUCGCGCGCGGCACGAACAGGCCCCGCUCUCCGCUUAACCCUCUCGUCGCCGAGCCUCUCCUUUCCUUCUUCCGAGCGGAGCCGGUGGGCGGCGCGGCCAUGGCGGACACGGCGCAGAACGGGCCCAUGCAGGGAGGGGCGGGCGGCGGAGCCGUGCAAUUUCUGAUUACUAAUAAGUUGGAUACAGCAAUGUGGCUUUCCCGUAUAUUCACAGUUUACUGUUCGGCUUUAUUUGUCCUGCCUCUUCUAGGGUUGCAUGAAGCAGCUAGCUUUUAUCAACGUGCCUUGCUGGCAAAUGCUCUCACCAGCGCCCUUCGACUUCACCAAAGGCUACCACAUUUUCAGCUAAGCAGGGCGUUCCUGGCUCAAGCCUUGCUGGAGGACAGCUGCCACUACCUUUUGUAUUCCCUCAUCUUUGUCAAUUCCUACCCUGUUACAAUGAGUAUUUUCCCAGUUCUGUUGUUUUCUUUGCUUCACGCUGCCACCUACACAAAGAAGGUUCUUGAUGCACGAGGUUCAAAUAGUCUUCUUUUCCUAAGAAAUCUCUUGGACAAGUUAAAUGCUAAUCAGCAAAACAUCCUGAAAUUUAUAGCUUGCAAUGAGAUCUUCUUGAUGCCGGCUACUGUGUUUAUGCUUUUCAGUGGGCAGGGAAGCUUGCUGCAGCCAUUUAUUUACUACAGAUUUCUUACACUCCGUUAUUCCUCCCGCCGAAAUCCAUAUUGCCGAACCCUCUUCACGGAACUUCGGAUUGUCGUUGAGCAUGUCAUCAUGAAACCGUCGUGCCCGGCAUUUGUACGAAGGCUCUGUGUCAGCAGCAUUUCUUUUAUAAGCAGACUGGCACCAACAGUUGCAUAGUCAACACUGGAAACAUGCGUAUGUUUGUCUGAUGAACUUUCUAAGCAGCUGGUAUUUCUGCUGGUGAUUUAUAAAUUCUGGAUCUCAGUCAAGGUUGUAUGGAAACAUGUUUUCUUCCAAGAGCCUGUUCUGUGAAUUGUAUCCUAUAUGUUUAAAAAGUCUUGUUUUUCAAGAUGUUUCCGUGCUUUGUGGAAGAUGAACGCUUGCCAUCUUAGACAGAAUACUUUCCAAUGCAAAACAGUGGCGACAACCCUGCCUUGUACAAUAUGGCUUUUGUGCUGUCAUGUAUGUCCUCUUCGAUACUGAAUGAAAAUACUUAUUCAAAAAAUAAUAAUAAUGUCCAGGCAAUACUAGCUGGAUUGUGUCUAACAAGCUGCAAGCUGUGGCUGCAACAUAACUAGUAGCCUCUUAGGGGUACCUAUUGAAAUCUCUACCCAUGCGGUACAUUUGAGUCAGUAUUCCUUCCAUUCAGUAAAUGAGACAAGUUUAGUCAAUUGAGUAAAUCAUUGUGGUCAAUACAAAUCAAUUGGCACCUACUUCGAAUGUGAACAGUAGAACGAAGCAUCACAUUUCAUUGUUCUGAUUUAUUGAAUGCUUUUGAAAUGGAAAGCUCUCCACCCUUCCCUAAGCACUUUAUUUCUUUGUAAAGUAAAUAUUUCUCUAGAUCAUCUGACUGCCCUAUUUUUUCCCCUGUCUUCCAAAAAGCAGGCUUCUUAAAAUGCCAGUCUUUGAAAUGUCUGAAUAAUAAAGAUGGAUGUUACAUUAAUUUUCAAUAUA